GCGGUCCUGCCCGGGCGGCUCCGGCUCCGCCCCCGCCGGCACCGCCGCGCCCCGCUCUGCUCCGCGGCUGCUCCGCGCCUGCAACCGCUCCGCUUCCCCCCGGCUCCGGUGCUUGGGCGCGGGCGGCAUGGGGCUGCCGGCGCUGGAGUUCAGCGAGUGCUGCCUCGACAGCCCCCAGUUCCGCGAGCGGCUCCGCUCCCACGAGGCCGAGCUGGACAAGACCAACAAGUUCAUCAAGGAGCUCAUUAAGGACGGGAAGUCGCUGGUCGCCGCCCUCAAGAACCUGUCGGCAGCCAAGCGCAAGUUUGCAGACUCCCUCAAUGAGUUUAAAUUCCAGUGCAUCGGUGACGCUGAAACAGAUGAUGAGAUCUGCAUAGCCAAGUCUCUGCAGGAAUUUGCUACUGUGCUGCGGAACCUGGAGGAUGAGCGGAUGCGCAUGAUCGAGAAUGCCAGCGAGGUGCUGAUCACGCCGCUGGAGAAGUUUCGCAAAGAGCAGAUCGGAGCUGCUAAGGAUGCCAAAAAGAAGUAUGACAAGGAGACGGAGAAGUACUGUGGCGUUCUAGAAAAGCACUUAAACUUGUCUUCUAAGAAGAAAGAAUCCCAGCUUCAGGAGGCAGACAGUCAGGUGGACCUGGUUCGGCAGCAUUUCUACGAGGUCUCCCUGGAGUAUGUCUUCAAGGUGCAAGAGGUCCAGGAGAGGAAGAUGUUUGAGUUUGUGGAACCUCUGCUGGCCUUUCUGCAGGGGCUCUUCACCUUCUACCACCACGGCUAUGAGCUUGCAAAGGACUUCAGUGAUUUCAAGACAGAGCUGACAAUCAGCAUCCAGAACACAAGAAAUCGUUUUGAAGGAACGAGGUCAGAGGUUGAAUCUUUGAUGAAGAAGAUGAAGGAGAAUCCUCAUGAGCACAAAAACAUCAGCCCUUACACGAUGGAGGGUUAUUUGUACGUGCAGGAGAAACGUCACUUUGGGACGUCCUGGGUGAAGCAUUACUGCAUGUACCAGAGGGAUUCAAAGCGGAUUACGAUGGUGCCUUUUGACCAGAAGUCUGGGGGGAAAGGGGGAGAAGACGAAGCUGUUAUCCUCAAAUCUUGUACACGGCGGAAAACUGACUCGAUUGAGAAGCGGUUUUGCUUUGAUGUGGAAGCUGUUGAUCGGCCUGGCGUGAUCACCAUGCAGGCACUUUCGGAAGAGGACCGCAGGCUGUGGAUGGAGGCGAUGGACGGCCGGGAACCGGUCUACAACUCGAACAAGGACAACCAGAGCGAAGGCACCGCCCAGUUGGAUAAUAUCGGCUUCAGCAUUAUCAAGAAAUGCAUACACGCUGUCGAAACAAGAGGGAUCAACGAGCAAGGACUGUACCGAAUUGUUGGAGUAAACUCCAGAGUUCAAAAGCUGUUGAGCAUAUUGAUGGAUCCCAAAACAGCCACUGAGACAGAAACGGAGAUCUGUGCAGAGUGGGAGAUAAAGACCAUUACCAGUGCACUGAAAACCUAUCUGAGAAUGCUUCCGGGGCCGCUCAUGAUGUACCAGUUUCAAAGGAGCUUCAUCAAAGCAGCGAAACUGGAGAAUCAGGAGUCGAGGGUGUCCGAGAUCCACAGCCUCGUUCAUCGGCUCCCAGAGAAAAACAGGCAGAUGCUGCACUUGCUCAUGAACCACUUGGCAAAAGUUGCAAAUAAUCACAAGCAGAACCUGAUGACUGUGGCCAAUCUGGGUGUGGUGUUCGGGCCAACGCUGCUUCGACCUCAAGAGGAAACAGUUGCUGCCAUUAUGGACAUCAAGUUUCAGAACAUUGUGAUUGAAAUUUUAAUAGAAAACCAUGAGAAGAUAUUUAACACAGUGCCAGAGACUCUGCCAUUGAACUCGCAGCUGCUGUUAUCUCGCAAGAAGAGCACGGACUCAAAGCCACCCUCCUGCAGCGAGAGACCGCUGACGCUCUUCCACACGGCACAGCCCAAUGAGAAGCAGGAGAACAGGAACAGUAUCAUCAACUCCAGCCUGGAAUCCGUCAUCUCUUCAAACGCAAACAGCUUCCUCAACUCCAACAGCGCUCCCCAGCCCAGCCUGAACUCAAGUGAUCUUGAACUAGAAGUAAUUAAACCCAACAGGCCAAAUUCACUCCCUCAGAAUCCAAGCCCAACGUCACCCCUCUCACCGUCCUGGCCCAUGUUCUCCGCACCAUCAAGUCCUAUGCCCACCUCCUCUACGUCCAGCGACUCAUCCCCCAUCAGCUCACCGCUGCGGAAAGCCCGAGCUUUGUAUGCCUGUAAAGCAGAACACGACUCAGAGCUCUCCUUCACAGCGGGCACCGUGUUUGAUAAUGUUCAUCCAUCCCAGGAGCCUGGCUGGCUGGAAGGGACCCUCAAUGGGAAGACAGGAUUAAUCCCCGAGAACUAUGUUGAGUUCCUAUAACUUUGGGCGUAACAAGCACCACUGCUGAGCUUUACAUGGUAUCCAUGGCAGCCGCUGGCGGGGAGUCCUGCAGACCUUUUUGCUCUUUGCCACUGUGUGACACAGGGUGAAGGACUUCCCUGUCCCCACUGAGAUGAAUGUUUGUGUGGAUUGUGACAUACAUGUCUCCUCCCAUGCUGCUGCGGUGCGUGCCGGGGCUGUGGGGAGAGCGCUCCUGGGGAGAUGCUCACCCCUCCAACCCCGAGCAGAGGCAGGGCUGCCCAAAGCCCGUGUCCCAGCUGGGACCCGUCACAGCAAUGAGAAAAAACAGCCAAGUGGCAGCUCCACGCCGCAGCAUGAGUGCUCUGUAGGGGAUGAGCCUGCAAACUGUGAACCAGCAUGAGAAAGCCACCGAGCCUGAUGCUCCCUGCGGCGAGGCUGUUUACCAGCUGUAGAGAGCAUGAGAAACACCUGAGGGACUCCAACCCAGCAGCCUCUGCGCCACAGGAAACAGCAGCAAGAAGUCCUUUGCUCCCAGGCCCUUCCCUGCUUCCUGACCAGCCUGAGCAAAGCUCUCCCAUGCAGCCAGGGAGCAACCCAGCCCCUUCUGACACUGCAGCAGCAGGGGAAGGGAUGAGGUGCUUUCGGCUGACGUCAGACCGCAGGCUGGGUCUGCGGCAGGAGUUUGCAGGAGGCUGAGCUUCCCUUGGCAGGCAGCGACCAUCCUGCCGUGCCACAGCAGAGCUCGGCUCUUGCAGGCGAGAGCGAGAUGCUCGGCGGGCUCUGCAGGGCAGGCACGGCACGGGCCAGCGCUGUCAGAACUCGGCAGGCGUCACCACGGUGGAAGGGAGAAUCUUGGGACCAAACCUCUCAAACAUUUCUUUUUUACAGAUGUAAUUUUUUCACAAGGUAACCAUCUAUGAUCUGUGCCGCCUGCACUUCCUUCCUGGAGGGUGAGAUGCAGCUCCAGAUAAACACCGCUCCUUCUGUCUGACCGACUUUCCAAUGCGCGUUGCACAGAUACAUCCAAGCUUUCGUGAAUGCCCAGGCCAGUGAUGUGCCAUUGUGGAGCUGCGUUUGCUAUUCUCCACCAUUGCUUUUUAGGUGGUCUCCUUGCUUGAAGCCUGGCUUGUAGUCCGUCUGUGCCAAGUCCGUGCAGUGUUGGUUGUGCAAGGUGAAUUAUUUCGAUCUUCACAGGACAUUUAGUGUUGAUGUGACCAAGCUACGGUUUAUGGAAAACCUUAAACAAAAGGAUGAGCCCAUCGGCUCCACCACCCCUGUGUUCCUGCCCAGGAGAGCACGCUCACGCCUCCGUGGACAUGCAGCGAGUGGUUGACAGAGCAAAUUUGCAAAUCCCUUGCCAUUCUGGGUCAUUUUGGGUCAUCAUGAGGCUUUGAGCAAUCUGAUCCAGUGGGAGGUGUCCCUGCCCGUGGCAGGGAGUGGAACUGGAUGGGCUUUGAGAUCUCUUCCAGCCCAAACCAUUCCACGAUUCUGUGACUUUUAAGGGGGAGGGUGGGAGGAGGAGCCCUGCGGGACUGCAGAGCCGGGUGUGUUGAGAGCUGGAAUGAUUAUAUUUUGUGAUAGAAAAUGGUGAAAGAAACCCCAGCCUGUUGGUGGAGAGAGACUCUGUUGUGCAGAAGCAGCGCUGCCACACGCUGCGGGGAUGGGUGUCGUGUAUUUUGUAAUAAUUUUAAAGACGCCGAGUGACUGAAUUGCUGUAUGUGUCACUUUUUAUUUUUGAAAGAAUUAAUGUAUAAAUAGAGUAUCUUAAAAUAUUAUGAGAGAAAGAUCUAUAUUUGAUAUUUUUAGAAGACCUGUAAUGUGAGAAGUGAAGGACAUUUGAAACCGGUUACAGCAGAGCGCUUGCAAACACCCUUGCAUCCCGAACCCCCUCCAGGCCUUGGGCUGCCUUCCCCUUUGCUUCAUGGUGUCACUUAGAAAUGAGGGAAACUGAAAUUUCUGACCUCUUAACGUUUCUUUCAUGGUAAUUAAACUUCCUGGACUUUGUCUUGGGGAAAAAAAAAGAAAAAAAGAAGGAAAACUGGAUCUUUUUGUUCCUGAUUUCUAGGGCUGGUGCAGUUCGGCUCAUCUCCCUGGGACUGUAGCCACUGCGUAAGGGACACCCUGAGCCCCUGGGGCGCGCCGGGCACAGGACAGGCCUGGCUGGAGCUGUUUGCGCAGGGGAGCCUCCAGUCUGUCCCAUGGCUUGUGCUGAAGGGCAUUGGAUGAAGAGGUCUGGAGGGAUAAAAGGCAAUGUUUCCCAGGCGUGUUGCUGGUGCGUGUUCAUCCUUGGAUUUAAUAGUGCACAUUUGUAUCAUCUGUUGGCUCUCCUGGAGCGGAGGACAGGGCUGGGCUCGAUGUAGCCCCGGCAGUCUCUGUGGCACUGGAACCUUGCGGGGCUGCUCGGUGCUGCGGACAAAGCCCUCUUCCAGGGCCGUGGGAGAGGGAUGGGAAGGACUAAUGGAAAGGAGACAAGAAAAAAAGGCUCAGUAUUUCAUCUGUCAGCACUAUUUGCUUGUGUUCAGGACCAUCCUGUCCCGAGCCGCUCAUCCAACAUGCUCCCUCCUGCCUUUGUGGGAUGCUGCCGGAGCCGGGGGCUCUCGGCUCAGACAGGGCUUUCCCAGCACCGCCUUCUGUCUCAAGCGGGACUCGGCCCUGGAACAGAAAGCUGUGGACAAAUGAGAAUGUCAGGCAUGACAAAAACACUCUAAAAGGCAUAUUUAAGGAUACGGCAUUUAGGGACCUCGUUAGUAAUGCUGCCCGAGCCCCAGCGGCGGCUGCUCUGUGCCAGCAGGCUGCUGCCAGCCCUUAUCCCCACUAAACCUUUCCGUGCACUGUCCCCCCUUGGCUCUUCAGAUGCUCGAGUUAUUUUGAGAUGGGAGUAAAUUCCUUCUCCCAGGCACUUAGGAGCUUUUGGAUGUGCUACCUAGAGAGUUACUAGGAACAAAAGUCCCACGCAAACCUAUUUACAAGAUGUCUUCUGGAGGAAGGGGAAAUAAAGCAUCCGCAGAAAUUAUUGCUCUUACAGGAGAACUCACGGAGUUUUUUUUUUAAUUAGAACUUCCCAAAAAGAAAAAUUUGGCUGAAAUGCUUACUAAAUGGUCCCAUUUUGGGCCAGCUUUAAUACUGGAAUAAACACUGGUUUAUUCCAAGGCACAUUAAAGAUAGAAAAUAGUUUUGUAAAUCAGCUUGACAUGAUAUUUGAUGCUUGCUAUGAAAGCAAUCAGUCACAAUUAUAAGCAAGCAGGGUGUUUAGUCUCUCCUGUAUUCCCUGUCCCAUCAUUUUAGGCAUUAGCCCCCCCGCAAAAGGACACGGUUCAGUAGUCUCUGUUGAAACAGAUGUCAAACAAGUGUUGGCAUGCUUUCCUGCCAUGUCUUGAGUCAACAGCACAAGUCCUACCAGUUGGUUGCACCAGCACUGGUCCCCACAUCCCAGUGUCCAGUAACACGUGUGGCAUUUCUGAGGUCCCGACGAGAUGCUGGUCCGUGUCGCUUUACCAGUUUCAUGGGGUUUUGCAGCGGGAAGUGAAGCGCCUCAAAUGGAUUGGGAGAACCCAGACUGCUGCCCAUGCUCUGGUCGCUCCUCCCUGUGCCCCACUGGGGGCUUGGGGUGGGGAAUAGGUUGGAGUUGGGUUUUGCUUGCGUUGGGGUUGGGUCAGGGUUGAAUUGCAUUGGGUUGGGUUUGAGUUGGCUCAGAUGAUUUUUUUCGAGCAGGCGAUUACUCAGUAAAAGCAACAAUUUCAGGCUCUGACCAUGAAUUUUUCAGAUUCCCAUCUGGCUCCACAGUCAGACAAAACAUCCUCCUGGUAAUUGUCUUGUCUCGAGAAGACUUCUGCUGAGUUCGGUGGCCUGAAUAGCAGCCCAGACCAUUAAAGCUAAUUACAGCCGUGCUCCAUAGCUGCUCGCAGCACUCGGCUAUUGCUCUAACACGCAAGCGUGUGGAUGCUGUGCCCUCAGCGCCAACACAUCAAGCUGCAGGCGGGCUCCUGCUGGCCCUGCUGCUGCCCAAGGCAGACUUAAACAGCCAUCGUACGCUCGACAGACCAGGUACCAAAACGUCACAGCUCCUCUGGGUGCCAGAGGGAUGGGACCUUCCUGCACGGCUGCGGGCAUGAACACAUGGGUGCGUACGCAGCAGUGUGUCCGUCUGCACGGGGCUCUGGCAACACAAACACCUUCGCUUUGGGGCAUGGGCUGCACCGCUGAUCCUGGCAUGGAGGUUUUGUUGUAUCGAUUUCAGGCUCUGCUGCCUCUUUAUUUUGUAAAUUGCAGUUGAAGCACUGGAAUUUGCCCUCACAGGUUAUCACUUAUUUUAGUUUCACUUCUGCUGACAGCUUAGAAGAGGGAGGCGGUGAGGGCUGGGAGGAGGAUGCUGGUUGGAGUCCUGCAGUGCUGUCACGUCUGGGCCCUGCAGGAGCCAGCUGAUGGCUCUGUAUUCUGAUUGAUCCAAGAGAUUUCACAGCAGAAAUCCCUACAGCCUUAUGUAGUAUUUGUUUAAGUCCCUGGGGUGCCUCUAAGAGCCCUUUAUUUCUGGCCGGGGUCUGUCCCGAGGAGCACGGGAGCUGUACUCCCCAGGCUCUGUCUUUCAGAUGAAUGUUCAGGAGGAUUUCAUUUGGCAUUAGGGCUCUCCUCUGCCGCCCUACACUCCCCGAGGCAGUACAGGGGGGAGCGGCAGUUCCCCAGGAGCUGCUUUUCGUGAAAUGGUGGGAUUUGGUCAGCAGGUUCCGCACCACUGGGCAAAACGUCGCCCUGCUCCUCCCUUGACACCUGCACGGGGCGCGGGGCAGCCGCAGCCAGCGGGGCCCUGAGCUCGGGGCACAGGGUCAGGAAAUCAAGGGUGGGACGUAGGACCACAGCAGGUGCAGUGGGAAGGGGGAUUUUCAUGGAUACAGCACAUUUUCUAGUUACUCUUCUACAUGGAUGUUGAUGCCCAAAGGCAGAACUCAUGUGAAGCCCUUUAAGCCGUAAGCAUAAGGCAAUGGUCCCUGUACCUAUCUGAAAAUCAGAAUCAUCCUUUGCUAUGGAAAAAUGCAAAGGGGUCUUCUUGUCCCCAUAUCCAUGGAGGAUUCUGCCACACACUCUCUGACAGUAUUUCCCUUUGUGAGCUGUGUUUGCUGGAAGGGGACUCUGCACCCCGAAUCCCCCGUCGCUCCCAGAGCCCUCACCACUCUGGAGAGCACCAGGCAGGCUUUGAAACUUAGAGCUGCUGCCUCAUGAGAACGAGACAGGAAUAAGGAAGAAAAACCACCCCUAAACCUGAAUUCUCUUAUCCCAAAUCACUCCCAGAAAAGCUCUUUCCCUCUUUGCAGUUUUGCAGUGAUGCAUCUUUCCUGUAGAGAUGCCUUUUAUGUUCUUUUCAGCUCUCAAGUGCGCAGCACUGAAAAGGCAAACCAGACAGAUUUCCUCAGCACCCAGAAACCCUCUCUCCCCUGUCAGGCUGUGCACUGUCCCUCUGCCACCAGGCAGAGCCAUCCCAGCCCCGCGCCUGCCCUGCCUCUGCUCCCCAUCCUUUGGGGAAAUCAGCCCCCGAUCCGCACUUCAUAUCAGAGUGCUCGGUGCCAUCUCCCGAAAUGAUUGAAAUAGCACAAAACUCGUGAUUCUCGUGCUCUUGGGAGCAGCACACGGUAAAUCAUGGCUGGACUGGAAUAGCUCUUGGUAAUGAAAUACCAGGCACAGAAAUAUCCCCCUGGCGCUGUGCGUGCCAUGCGCCUGCGGCCCGGCCGCGAGGCACGGAGCGGGUACCGGUACAGACACAAACCUCUGUUUCUACUCAAAACACGUAGACUUUAUUUCCCUGGAGGCGGGUGCAGCCUUGAUUGCAUGUAAGGAUUUUCCACCGCCUGGGAAGGCGUUUGCCCUGCGUCGCUCAGGCCUUGUCGCCAGCCUCGCUGGGCACGAGCAGAGCUCCGUCCCCCGCAGCUCGCAGCCCUCCGAGUGCCCCAGCCCCUUGGCUGCCCACGGCAUCUGCCUUGUGUGGCCUGGGACGUGAGUGUUGUCUUUUUUCCCCCCUUUUUUUUAGCAGCAUUUCUACACUGCCUCUUGCUUUGGAGCCAGGGACAGAGGCGUGAGCAAGGAAAGCAAUGCCAGCGUGAAAAAAAACCAGCGGGGUGUUUGCAUGUUGCGCCCGCAAUCCGUGCCAGUGGGUCAGAGGGGGCUGUGCAUGAUGUGCUCGAACAGGGAUUAAAAGGGAGCGGAGGCAGGGAAGGAGCAGGCGCUCCCUUGCCCGUGGCGAUGGGCACCCGGAGCUGCCAGCGCAGCGAGGGGCUGCGCACGCGGAGCCGGGGCUGCUGGGCAGAGGCUGCGGCAUCCCGCGGCGUCCCUUGGGGAGAGCUCUGUGCUUGAUUUUAAUAGGUCUUGAUAUUUAGUAGCCAAAGAACCCUGUGUCUAAGGUCACCUCUCUCAGGCUGGAGCACAUGCGCAGAGAAGCACUGGGGGUGUCACACUGCAGCAGUGACACCCCAUAGACCCGCUGACGAGCAGCGUCUCAUCCCCACGCGCACACGGGCUGUGGCGGGCGCUCAGCACUGCCCAGGCACACCCACAUCCCUGCGGGGCUGCCGGGGGGAGCAGGAACGUUGGGGGUUUGUUUAAAAGUUGGGUGCUCAAGGACUCGGUUUAGUGGCAGGAAGGAAUGGUUGGACUUAGGAUGAUCUGAGAGGUCUUUUCCAGCCUAGUGAUUCCAUGAUUCUGUGAGUCUGGUGGGUGACCUGGUGGUGCCCGAGCAGGAGGCAGACGCGCCGUUCCUGACGGACGGUGGCACUUGUCAGAAGCUGUGGCUGCCCUCUCCCAGGGCUCGGUUUGGCAGAUUAUUGCUGCUGGGACAUUGCUCGCUUGCUUUUCUCCAGCGAUACUACGUGGCUGCGAAAGCCCGUGCACCCAGGCAGCGGUGUCCGAGGGAAGCAGCACCUCCCACCCCACCCAGAGCUCCAGGGAGUGAGGGCUGAGUGUCGCUGUGGGUGACAGGGUUUAAUCAAGCAGACAGGACAGACCACGUCAUUGCUUAAAGCGGGAGGAACUGCUCGGGCUAUGGUUGCGUCCCUCCCACCCAUGGAGGCACACAGGGCCCGUGCACACUCCUGCGCACACAGCGAGGACCACGUCCUCCCUGACCCUGGUUGUUCCUGCAAGCGCCAAGCGAUGCCCUUGCAGCCGCCCCGCAAGGACAGGGUCACCCGCAUCCCUGCGCUGCUGUCCCCAGCGGCGUGACCGCCGCCAGCUGACACCCACGGGCUGACGGCGAGAGCCCGCGCAGCGCCCAUGCCGGCCAAGCUCUCGCCAGGUCGGUGCUGGCUGAAUGCAGGUGGCUCUGUAGCUGUGGGAAGUUACCUACGCGGGGAGAGCGAGCCCCGUGCUGCAGGGAUGUGUUCUGCUUAGCAAGUGCAUGGUAUUUUAAUUAUUCUAACGAACAAGAAACCUCAAAGCAAUUAUAGUUUGUACAUUUGGGCUAAUUCAAAUCCUCAGCUUUUGGGAAAUAAAGAUUAAAAGCAAGUUUUUUAAAAGAAAUAGCUGUUUAAAGUUCUAUUCUCUGGGUGAGGAGCUGAUUAUUUGAAGAUGAGCACGGCAAAGCAGCUUGUAAUUUAGCACAACUGUUUGACAGCUCACAAGGUAGCACCUAGCUAUUACUUAUUAUAAAUCCUCCCUUCUGUUAAUGAAGCUUAUUCUUGCUUCUAAACCUCAGACAAAAGGGUUUAGAUAAUCACACCUGGGCUCUAAAACUCACUGACGCACUCAGGAAGGAGAAAUAAAAAAAAGCCCAGCGGCCGGGCACCCUGGAAAUCUGCCGCAGGGUUCAAAUGAUAUGGGAAAUGUAGGGAAGAUGGUAAGGACAUGGGAACACGGACGGAGUUUAAAAAAACCUAUUUCCAUGUCAAGAUUUCUGCAUCCCAUCUCCCCAGCUCUGCAAGAGCAUCGCAUCCGCGUGCUGCGCCCCUUCUCUGAGCUACCCCAAGGUUGAGGAGGUUUCCUUAAACAAAUGGAUAAUUAAAUCAACCAUAGCCAUUGUUAACAACCACCUGAGAGGCUGAGAAAUAGUAAUGGGCACUGGAAAAGGCACUGCAAAUGACCACCAGGAUGACUGCAAUGCAGAGCAAUGUGAAGGCAGACCCUCGCCACGCCGUGAGCAUCCUGGGGGUGGGGGGCAGCUCCCAGCCGGCCCCUUUGCUCAGCUUGGUUUUAAUCCCAGCUUUCAUUCCUGCCAGCAUCCCACUCAUGGGCGCUGGGGGCUCUGCCCAGGCCAGGGGAGGUUGUCCUGCAGUGGUGGAUGGCACGGUCACCUCUGCAAAAGCCUUCAGAAGUGGGGGAACUUCACAUGGUGCUACCAUCCCACUGGUGGGUCUUCCUCCAGCAGCCUCAGGAACUGCUAAAUGCAAGUAGAAGCAAGUGCUCCUGUUCACCAAAGCAAAGAAUUGGCUUCAUGCAAACCUUGUUGGGAGAAGUGGGGUUUGAAAGAAGACCGCUGGAGCCUUCCUUCAAGCUAAGUUCUUAUUUGCAGUGGCUGGGACAGCACGGUCAGCCCCCCGGCUGGUUUCUGCUGUUCAGGCAGCCACCACAGAGGGUUUCUCAAGCUUGCAUUGGGAAAUGGCGGCACUGUGGCUCCCUCUGCCAGGGCCCUGGUGGCCUGGGGCCAGCCCAGAGGGGCUGCAGCUGCGCUGGGGCCGCUGACCCGGCCAGGACCUGCCUCGGCUGCGGCAGCGAGCGGCGUGGGCUUGGGUUUUAACUCAUGUUUCCAGCUGCUGUUAGAGCAGCUCUUGUGCAAACAAUAUUAUUCCAAUGUUGUUUACUUGUAACUCACCCUGGAGGCAGCGUCACCGUCCUGGCCGGCGCUCAGGGCCGGGCACAGUGCUCACACCAAGCCCUCCUCGUCCUGCCUGGGGCAGAGUCACAGAAUCAUUUAGGUUGGAGAUCUUUAAGAUCAUCGAGCCCGACCAUAAACCUCACACUGCCGAGCCACCACUUAUCCGUGUCCCAGUGUCAUGUCCACAUGGCUUUUAAGUCCCUCUAUGUCCCCACCACUGCCCUGGGCAGCGGGUUCCAAGGGGCACUGGCCCUCUGCUCGGGUCUGUAGGUGCGGGCACGGGGAGGGAUGGGAAACCCUUACUGCUCGAGCUACAGUGGCCUUUGUUUGCCAGCCCCGUCGAUCCUGUGGAUGUUUUGCCUGUUAGAGGUUAUUAAUUUUGCUGCAAUCGUAAUCUGUAUUGGGGGCUGCUAUUUCUGGGGCUGGGAAGCGCACGUGCUGCUUCUGGCCUGCCACUGCCUUUGCUUUAUCGGUUCUUCUAAAAUUUGAUUUGCCUUGGCUUUGUGUUCCAUGAACGUUGCUCGGCGCUGGCCUGGUACCGGCACCGCCGGCCGCUCCAGAGCACCCGGGGAUGGCCCUCCGGCCACCGGGACGAGAACCAGUUAAGCUGCGGGUCACAGUCACUCCUCUGUUUAUUAUUUAUUUCCCCAGCAACACUGAUAUAUUUAGACCAAUCGCUUUCAGCUUUUUCAGGCCCAUUCUGCUCAGCAAAUCCCAGCUGCAGUGGGAGGGAGUCCUGGCCACGGAGCAGGGCCAAGGGGCGCCGGCACCAUGAGCCCCUCUGGGCCUCGAGGGGGUCCAGGGGUGGGAAGCAGCCCCUGCGGAUGGGGAGCAGCCCCUGUGGAAGGGGACAGGGUUUGGCGCUGGGUGAGGGUCUGACCCACACAUGGGAAGAAGCACCCCACAAAGUAGGAGACUGUGAAAGCAAUGUCUGUUGGGUUUCUAUUGGUUUGCAAAUUGCUGGGUUUGUUGGAUUUUUUUUCAUUUUUUGGUGAUUUCUCUGGUUUGAGCCCUGCAGGAAGGUAUUCGUUUGUUUGAUGUAGGAGCACAUGUGGCUCUUCUGCAUCUUGGCUGCACGAGUACCAUCUGCAAGCCAGAAAGGAAAGGAGUAUGAAAGACAUAAGGAAUUAAACUGUUGAGUUUUCAUUUCGGGAUGCUCCUUGCAGGAGCUCAGCUGUGGCUGUGGAGAGGCCGGGACAGACGCUUGCGGAGUGCAGGGCCGGUGGGAGCCGUGGUCGGAGACAUCGCUGCUGGGGGACACAGCGGCUCAGCCACAGCUGUGACCAAAGAGUGACCAUUGGUUUGGUAAUUUGGAAAACGUGAGUCCAUCAUUUAAUCUUCAUGGAGAGACGCCUCAGCACUGUGCUUCUGACGGGGGAAAUAUUUGUCAAACUGUUGAUGAAUAUUAUUUAGGCAAAUAAUAUUUCAUAAUAGCUUAUUGGACAAAUGCUAUGGUUUCAGAGCUUCUGAUUCCCUCGGCGGCUUCUGUUUUUCCAAGUCCGUAACAGCACAAGUGACUUCAUCCCAGUGCAUCUUCCUAGGAUAGUCCACGUCCCAUGUCCCUGGCUGUGGCCGUGUUGCUCCCGAGGGAACCAGGGAAGCUCUUCCAUGGCCUCGCAGCGUCAUCAGCCCUGAGUCCUGCAGGUAAAGCACUUGUCCAGCAUUCGCUUUCUGGUACGGUUGGACUCGAUCUCAAAGGUCUUUUCCAAGGAGCUGAUUUUAUUCUAUGACCAGCAAGAGGGUGGCGUGCAGGCACUGGUACCUUUCCAUCCCCCCAUCCCAUCCCAGGCAGCGCCCAGGGACCCUUCCCCGUGGCAGGAGCUGUGCGACAUCUCCCAUCAAACACCGUCACUGUGGAGAGCAGAGGGGCUUCUCGCUGUUGUUGGUGUGGUUAAGGUUCUGCUGGAUUUUACUGUAUUAUUCAUAACUACUGAGAUUCAAUUCACAGUGCUUCAGGCCGGUGUUUGUUUUCCCCCUUCUUUCCUCCCCUCCUCCUUCUUGCAAAUCCUCUCAGCGCUGGCGCCGGGACACACGUGUGUGCAGCUGGGAGCAGCCCCGCUCCCUGCUGCAUGACGGUGGAUGUGGAGAAACGUCUGUGUGUAUAUAUUAUGUAUGCACAUCCAUAUGUUUGUCACUGGCUUGUGACCACAGAGCAUUCAAGCCUGACUCCAUCCUUGCCCUCCCUGUUCUCCCCAGACACUAUCUGAGAGAAAACAGGGCUUGCCAUGGUUAUUAGUAAGCUGUCCCAGCUAAAGGGAAAGGAGCCGGGCAGCUGUGGGAUGCAGGAAGGCUGGGAAGUGCUGUGUGUUGGGUGCAGCUUCGUUAAAAUGAAGGUGGAAAAGACGAUGGGGGAAAAAUAGGCAAGAAAAAAAAAAAAAGGAAGGAAGAAAAAGAAUAAAAUAAAGGAGAAGGAAAAAAAGGUGUUGAUCAGGGGACUGGAGCAUGUCCCAUCCAAAGACAGGGGGGAGAGCUGGGGUUGUUCAGUCUGGAGAAGAGAAGUCUGCGCGGAGACCUUAGAGCAGCUUCCAGUGCUGAAAGGGGUGCCAGGAAAGCUGGGAGGGGCUCUGGAUCAGGGAGGGCAGGGACAGGACAAGGGGGAAGGGUUUUCAGCUGAAAGAGGGGAGAUCCAGAUGAGAUCGUAGGCAGAAAUGUUUCGCUGUUCAGGUGGGGAGGCCCUGGCCCAGGCUGCCCAGAGCAGGGGUGGCUGCCCCAUCCCUGGAGGGGUUCCAGUCCAGGUUGGAUGGGGCUCGGAGCCCCUGAUCCAGUGGGAGGUGUCCCUGCCCAUGGCAGGGGUGGGAAUGGAUGGGCUUUGAGAUCCCUUCCAACCCAAACCAUGCCAUGACUCCAUAAAAAGAAAAAAGGCUUGACGAGGUUAGAGCUGAUGCCCUGGCCCUGCUGGGUGACUCUUCCAUGCACCAGGGGAACGGGGCUCAUGGUGUGACUUUCACAGGGGAUGCUGCCGAGUGGGACUUUGCAACCCUGCAUGGCCGAAUCCUUCCCCCCGUGCUCAGCAGACCCGAGCGCUUUGCCCUGGGCCGGACAGAGCCUCCAGGCAGGGAACAGAGCGGCCGCUGGCAGCGUGUGACCCGCAGCCCCCAGCAGCCCCGUGCCGAGCCCGCUCGCACUCAUUCUUCUGAAAACAAAGAAACAUCCCACUUGAACCAAACCCAAAAACCUCCCAGUAAGUGUGAGGAAAGGAAAAAAAGGCAAGCGUGGGUUUUCUGAGCUGCCAGAGGGAGCUGAAGCUGUGCUUGGCAGCGGGCUGGGAGGGGAUCCAAGUCCCGUUGCUCAGCUCCUCCUGCAGCUGCAGCUCCCGCUCCCCUCGCUGAGCACAAUGGGGCACUCUUUUUGGUGUGGAUCACAUCAGGCAGAAAGGAUAACCCUGUCCUGGAGCAUUAGCAACACAAUUAGUGGCCAUAGGAGAUGCUGCGUCAGCAGUUUCCCCUCCCUCUUUCGUGUGGUUUGAUCUUGAACCAACAGAGCCUAUAAUUAGAAGGAUUCCACUUACUUGUUAUUUUUUAAACUUAAAAUUCCCUGUUGUGACCUCAGAGAAUAUCCUUAAUUAUGCCUGGGAGCUGUGCCAGGCCUGUGAUGCAUUGAGUGAGAAUAUUGACCGUCCUCACCACUGCUCCAGCGUUGCUUCAGAGCAAGUUUUUAUCAGCCAUUCUGUGGGCCUGGGCAUUGCGACUCACUUUUAAUCCCUUUCAGAGGGUUUCUCUGGCUCCCGCUCUUCCAGCCUCACUUUGGCAAGCUGAAUAUUUACACUUCUUUUUUUUUGUUUUAAAAGGUACAUGUCCUAUACAAGAUAUUUUCAAGUCCAGUGUCCAACAUGAAGUCAUACGUGCUCAAGCUGGGGGAUCUUAAAUGACAGGACUGUAAAAAUGGCAUUUAAUGGCAUCUUUUCCAAAGCAUUCUGAAAUCCCAUCAUUUUAUUGGGAAAGCAUGAACAAAACAAAUAAAAAAUCACAAGUUUCAAUCUCACGCUGGGUUCCAUCGAAAUUUCUUAGGGGAUGGAGAUGGAGCCCAAGAAGGCAUUGUGAAACAAGAGAGGAGGGCUGCCCGCCUCCCCGCAGCUCAGCACCGCGCACACCAAACCCACCCAACAGGGCAGGAGGGCGGUUAUUUUACCUCUUGGAACAGGUCCAGAGGAGGCCCCAGACAUGAUGCGAGGGCGAUUUCCAACCUAAAUGAUUCCAUGUUUCUGUUCUAUGAUCUUUAAUACCUGAUGCAUCUCUUUAAAGCAUCCUUUCAUAUUCGUUACAAAGUGAUGUAUUUAUGAUUAAUCCUUUUCUUGGAUCUCCUCUGACCCCCAUCUCCAGCCACCUAGCUUAGAAAGUUCCACAGUGAGAUUUAUGCAAGCCUUUGUUUUAAUUGCAAGCAAUUCAAUGAAAUCGUUCCCUGCUGGGAAGCUGGCAUUUUAUGUUGCUAUUAAAUGAUAUUUUAUUAUAGCACACAUGUCACACUGUUUGCUAUUCAAUGGGGUAAAGACAGGAGCUCUGCUAAGGAAAAAAAUAUGCAUUAGUUUUAUUUACUGAUGGUUUGAAGAUGAGUUUUUUAAAACUCAAGCAGGCAUAUGGCAGGAAAGGAAUUUUAUGGUGGUGGAUUUUGUUGCAGGGCAGCGAGACUUUGUGAACCCCCGGCACGGUGUCCACCACCCACCCACAGCCCAACAGAGCCGCUCCCCAGCAGGGAUGGUCUAGGAAAUAAUUUUUUCCACAGUUUUGGUUAAAUUUUGCUCUUGGAAAGUUAUGACCUUCUCACGCAGGGUGCCAUCCCACUGGCCCAAGGGCAGCUUAACCCCUUAGGCUGAAUCGCUGCAGCCCGUUGCCCCUUCCUGGCAGGGGUGUCACCUCCUCGCACCCCUUCCCGGGAUGGGCAUCACAGCCCUGUGUCCCCGGCCCCCUGCCCAUCCCCCCUCUGCCCCCACGGAGGACUUUGGGGGCUCUGCUGAUGGCACAGCCCUGCACGCCCCAGGGCAGAAACACACCCACGCCAUCGCACAACCCCGCCAAACCAUGGUGCUAAUCCAUCAUAAGGAAUCCCACCUGAAAGGGAGGGUUGGAUGGAACCGAGGGAGCCCAGCAGGGUCAGACAGCCCCGGGACCCCCAGGCAACCACAGCCCCUCGGGGAGGCCUCUCACACCACGCUGUGACUCCAGCUGGGGACGGGGACGGCCACCGACCCACAGAGCUGCCUCCAGCCCCAUGAGCUGCGGGGUCCCCUCCCCAAGCCGCCCCUCUGCCCGCUCAGCUGAGGGUAGACGCACCCUGCCCGCCUCAAGCCUUGCACCGUGACCACCCAACGCUUCGUGCUCUAUUUUAUUUCCCUUCCAUCACUUUCUUGGCGCGUGGUGCCUGCCUCCGCAAGGAGUGUUUACCACCAUUCCCAUCAGUAUUAAACAGUUCAGAAACACUGCAACAACAAAAUAAAUAUUGAAUCAGUUCCCGUCGUUCAUUCUGACCCACCCUGUGCUGCUGUUCUCCACUUACCCGGCCUGGGUUUCACCCCUGUGGUGCACGCACAGGUCGGUGUGCUCAGAGGCACAGACCCGUUCCCAUCCGAUUAGAAAACUGAUGGAGAUUGCCCUCUGGAAAAUGGAUGUGAGCAAGGCAACAACAAUCCUGGCAAGGAAAACGGCAUAAACAGAAUGACAAGGGUGUCAGACACAGCCCCCCACCCCGGGCACGCAGCAAAUGCUACAAAAGCAUUUUGGAGCCAAUUAAUGAAAAAAGCAGAAUUUUAUUAUAUGGUUUCUGUCCAUUAUUCGGCAUUGCUGUAAAUGGCUCACAUUUACUGCAACUUCUGUACAGAUGUGUGGCUUUGUAUUACCAGAACAGCAACUUUAAAUGAAAAAAUAAAUGUUCAACAAUUCCACACAAGCUUUUACAGUCCAACAUUUCACUGAGUAGGUGAAAACUACAGACUUGUUACUACAGAAUUAUUCAGCAUGAAUAAAAAACUACAACUUUUAUUCUUAAACAGGAGCCACUGGUUUAAUUUUUUUUAUGCUGUUUAAAAUUACUGAUAAAAAUAAUGAUUUUUUUAAUAAUGCCAUACACAGGUAUGAUAUAGAUUUGUCCCCAGCAUAUAUCUUUCAUUGAAUAUACAAAAUAGAAUAAUGACACAUUGCGGUCUCUAUGCUGUUAACGCAAGUUAGUUUGGAGGUGGGGAAAUAUUUUCAUACAUACAGCCUUCCAUUGGAAAAUGAGGCCCUAAAUCCUUUCCUGAAGAUUUGGUUCCUAUGCGACAUCGAUGGCUCAGCAACCCCUGGCUGCAGGCUGGGUGAAGGACCAAGCUAAACUGGUACCGACUACAUGCGACGGCGUAACUCUCCCACUAAGGUAAGGUCCUGCAGUCCUCGCUCGCUCACACUCGACUCCGGGACACAGGAUUUUGUCAACACUCAGCCAGUCGCUUCCUCCUGUUCUCCACCUUUGCCCACCAAGACAUCGAGGUCAUUUUCAGCUCCAAGCGGCAGCUCCUGCCACCGCCUCCCAGCGCAAACCUCCCACCAGCACCUCUGACUCGGCCACCUGAGCUGUGCGAGAUGACAGCGGCUCCUGCUCAUCCCCACUCCUGGCUUCUCCCACAUAAGGCCAUUCCAAGCGCUCAGCACGCGCGUCCUGAGCUGCCGGCGGCGGGCGCCCCUCGGUCGGAUGCAUGCACUUUGUGAUAAGGCACUGAAGAGACGAAGUCAGAAUUCUCCCUGCUUUAUCCAGAGUGCAGAUACUACCCACUGCUACAAGGACUACGGAUACACAGAACACAGACUUCUCACUGCUCACUAAUGCACUACGUAUUUCUAAUUGUGAAGUUCAAAACUUAACAGCACGUACAGGACGAUUGCUUUCUCCCAACAUCACAGUUUCCUUUUUUUUUUUCCCCUUAAAUCCACACCCUAAAAAUGAAUGUACAGGCAUAGAGACAAAAAGGGGGUAGAGAGCCUCUCUCCUCCUCUGUUUCCAACCCUCUCACGGUGGCGAUUUGUUCAUGCUCAUGGCAGGUACUCUUCUGCUGGCAAACCCCGAAAUGCUGUGUCUUUGUGCACACGGGCGCAGCCCCACGCUCACGCUUCCGCACCAGCUCUAAUCGAAGUACCUAGGGACACAUGUUUUAAAAACACCCACUAAAGAAUGAACAACUUCUUUGUAACUGAAGAGCCCACCUGCAAACUCCUAUCUGCACCUCAAACAGGUCAUGGGAAUAUUGUCAUGGACUUCGCUUGGAAGUUCAAGUUAAAAUACUGAAUUUUACCUUAGCUGCUACAAAACGCACAAGUUCUUACAGAUCAUUCAAAGAGAAGAGAAUGAGUGCUUUUCUUUUUUUUUAUUAAAGUAUAUUUUACUCAAAGUACUGAAUAUCUUUGUUUAAUAGGUAUACUAUUCAAAGAGAUUUAAGAAAGGCUUAGAAUUUAGUUUCCUGUUUCGCUUUUGCCAAACUACAGAAAUGUCCUGGUUACUGCGAGCGCCCCACGCUCUGUAUUUACAUAUUGCUGGUACCUGUAUGUGUUAUUAUUGCCCAAUUUCUCAAAAUGGAUUUUGCCACGGUGCGUGGGGCUGUCUAUGACAUUAACCCCGCGUGUUCUCAGGUGCCACACAUGCGUCUUUCCAGCUUAUGUCUUUUGCAGCAGAGGUCUGACCUAGCAGUGACGCGAGAAUGGUAACCGAUCACACAGACAGGAGCAUCCAUCCAAGCUCCAACAGCAAUUUCUACACAGUGAUUGAAUCAACACAUAAUUGACCAUAACGACAUCCACCGAACAUAGGUUUUCCUUUCUAACCAGAGUUACUUCUUUGGAUCCUGAACACCGAUGCCGGCAGUACUACCUCCAGACAAACCACAACUUGUACGGGUUACCAUUCAGCAUAUUUGUGACCCCUACAAAAAAUAUAAUUACAUGUAUCAUGAUAAAGCAAUCUGUCAUCUAAAAAUCAUCCUUAUUAUACACUAUACAAGCUAUUUUACAAUCAUUUAAUAAAUUGCUUUUAAAGCUGCAGUAGCCCUUCCCUUCUUUUCUCAGAUCAGCGAAUAUACCGAUUAUACAUAUUUGAAACUAUAACUAAAUAUAAAAAUAUAUUAGGUUUUGUAUUUCAUCAGAUGAUCUUUCUCAUUUCUAUUACACAAAUAAUCUGGCCACUUUGAGUAAAAAUCAAAUUUUAGAGUGGCUUAGUAAAUAUCGAAAUUUUGAGAUACAGAAAAUUGUUAAGGUGCACGUAGAAAAGGCUACUACAGCUUCUAAACGUUUUAAAAUAUCGUUAUCAAUGGCAACAAGGAGAAAUUCACAAGACUUAUGGUAACUUUAUGGCACGCUAGGAAUUCGAUAUGAAAUGAUGCAGCCUUACAAAGACAGAAAGUUUGCCAUACAACUCUAAGACCACGAAAUCAGUAGCGGAGCUUUCCUGCUCUCCAGGAAAGAGGAUGAACCAGUCAUUGACAAGUGCAGAUGUGAAAAUGGGUCUCUAACCACAUGAGUUUGGAGUCUGUAUCUCCAGAGGGACGAUGCGCCGGUGCAGCUGCUCUGCUGUUCUGCCCGCCCGGCAGCCAACGUCUCACUCGAGGAAAAAAUCUCUACAGCGAUACGAGAAACAGAACAAAACCAAACCACUGGGCAUAAUUACAUGUUUGCCUCCUAAGUCAAUGGCAUUUUUCCAUAUAUACUUGUGUGAUGAUAGAUUUAAGUGUAUAAAAUGUGAGUUUCUCCACACAGAAGUAAACUUUUCUUAAGCUAUGCAUAUUUUCCUGAAAGUUUCCUGAUGGGCAGUCAGGACUGAUCUUCUUGGCAUCAAUGCAGCCCAUGACUCUUGUAGUUAUGGCUGUUGCAUUAUAUGCAAAAAUCAGGCUUGGUUUUUUUUCAAUAUAUAAAAUAACCUGCUCAUUUACAUCCAGGUAGGACUGGGUUACUUCUCUACUAAUCUGCAUAUCCAAUGCUUUUGCACGUAUACCAAAAGUAGUCUGGUUCAUUCGCGUCUAUUUAAGUUAGAUUUGAGUGUUCUCCCACCCACCCCUGGCCCUUAAAAAAGACCGAAUCUUUAUGGUCGCUUUGACAGUUCAAAGCUAUUAGGUUAUCAAAGCCCAACCCAUUUUCACAUGGAUAUACUCAAGGAUUACUGUCUAGAGGUCAUUUAGGAAAGCUACGAGCUGCCCCACCUUAAAAAACCAGCUGUACAAUAGGCAUCUUGAAGUAUUACAAAAAAAUCAUGUAAGAAAAAAUGAACAAGCCUAGUUCACGGUAUAUAAAGUUAAAGGAAAUUGCUAAAACCAGACAUUAAAAGCUAUAAAAGGCACAACUUCCCUUUUCCGAUAUACACUUGUAAACUUUCUUCAGGUUACAUGCAGAAACCAAAACGCUACCUUAACUUCAAAAAAAAAAAAAAACAAA